CGAGGUCUAGUUCCGGACGCGGCCGCCGUCGCCAUCUGUCACCUCAGCUCCGGCAGCAGCCGCCCGUCUCCCCUGCCUCGUCGCCGGUCUCCUCGGCGGAGGCUGCUUCCCGGUCCUGCCACCCCUCUGCUCUGCUCUCGUCGCUGACUUCUUCCCCCACAUGGAUCUGGUCGGAGUGGCAUCCCCUGAGCCCAGGCCGGCAGCGGCCUGGGGACCCAGCAAGUGUCCAUGGGCUACCCCUCAAAAUACAGUAUCUUGUUCUUUGUCUGAUGUAAUGAGUGAACAGUUGGCUAAAGAAUUGCAGUUAGAAGAAGAAGCUGCCGCUUUUCCUGAAGUUGCUGUUGCUGAAGGACCAUUUAUUACUGGAGAAAACAUUGACACUUCCAGCGACCUAAUGCUGGCUCAGAUGCUACAGAUGGAAUUUGACAGAGAAUAUGAUGCACAGCUUAGGCGUGAAGAAAAAAAAUUCAAUGGAGAUAGCAAAGUUUCCAUUUCAUUUGAAAAUUAUCGAAAAGUGCAUCCUUAUGAAGACAGUGAUAGCUCUGAAGAUGAGGUUGACUGGCAGGAUACUCGUGAUGAUCCCUACAGACCAGCAAAACCAGUUCCUACUCCUAAAAAGGGCUUUAUUGGAAAAGGAAAAGAUAUCACCACCAAACAUGAUGAAGUAGUAUGUGGGAGAAAGAAUACAGCCAGAAUGGAAAAUUUUGCACCUGGGUUUCAGGUAGGAGAUGGAAUUGGAAUGGAUUUAAAACUAUCAAACCAUGUUUUCAAUGCUUUAAAACAACAUGCCUACUCAGAACAACGUCGAAGUGCCCGCCUCCAUGAGAAAAAGGAACAUUCUACUGCAGAAAAAGCAGUUGAUCCUAAGACACGUUUACUUAUGUAUAAAAUGGUCAACUCUGGAAUGUUGGAGACAAUCACUGGCUGUGUUAGUACAGGAAAGGAAUCUGUUGUCUUUCAUGCAUAUGGAGGGAGCAUGGAGGAUGAAAAGGAAGAUAGUAAAGUUAUACCUACAGAAUGUGCCAUCAAGGUAUUUAAAACAACCCUUAAUGAGUUUAAGAAUCGUGACAAAUAUAUUAAAGAUGAUUUCAGGUUUAAAGAUCGCUUCAGUAAGCUAAAUCCACGUAAGAUCAUCCGCAUGUGGGCAGAAAAAGAAAUGCACAAUCUCACAAGAAUGCAGAGAGCUGGAAUUCCUUGUCCAACAGUUGUCCUACUCAAGAAACACAUUUUAGUUAUGUCUUUUAUUGGCUGUGAUCAAGUUCCAGCCCCUAAACUGAAAGAAGUAAAGCUCAGCAGUGAAGAAAUGAAAGAAGCCUACUACCAGACUCUUCAUUUGAUGCAGCAGUUAUAUAAUGAAUGUACGCUCGUACAUGCCGACCUCAGUGAGUACAACAUGCUGUGGCAUGCUGGGAAGGUCUGGUUGAUUGACGUCAGUCAGUCUGUAGAGCCAACCCAUCCUCAUGGCCUGGAGUUCUUGUUCCGUGACUGUAGGAAUGUCUCACAGUUUUUCCAGAAAGGAGGAGUAAAAGAAGCCCUUAGUGAACAAGAACUCUUCAAUGCCGUUUCGGGCUUAAACAUCUCGGCAGAUAAUGAAGCUGAUUUCUUAGCUGAGAUAGAAGCUUUGGAGAAAAUGAAUGAAGAUCAUGUUCAGAAGAAUGGAAGGAAAGCUGCUUCAUUUUUGAAAGAUGAUGGCGGACCACCAGUCCUAUACGAUGAAUAGCACUAAUACCCACUGCUUUCAGUGUUAACACAGUGGUGAUUGUCAGCUGCCAGUGGCAAAUGAAGUUAUGGGUGACCUGAAAUACCAACACAUUAGGCGUGUACAAUGGUGCUUCUGUGCUUUUUUUCCCGUGUAACCCAUAUGCCAGGUGUGUGGAAUUUUUAGCUCGGCAUUGAGAGAAUAAAAUGUCACUACCUCUCAUGAUAUGAAUAGGAUAGUAUAAUUCUUAACAGCUACGGGUUGUCUAGCUGAAAUCAACCUGAUUUUACAGGAUUUGUGGCAUAAAAUGUUUUGAUGAGAAUUUUUAACAUUUCCAAAUACGGGAGGAAGGGACAGAUGUGUUUACAAGGGAGGCUUUUGUUACAACAUACUUGCUUUUUUCACCUCCCUCUUUUGUGUUGUGUCUUUCCUCAAAUAUUUUAUUGGCCUAAAAUUCACCCUUCUCAAUUCUUUUUUCCAGAUUAUGAGCAUGAUUCUAAAGGAAAAUUUCUUCUCUCUAGUAGGUGAUAUAAAUGGAAAUUUGGUUUCAGAAUGGCUGACAGAAAUAGACAGAAGCAAAGUACUUUUUAUUGGUACAUCAUAAGUGUGAACUGAAUUCUUUUCCACACUCAUAUGCAAGGAAAGGCAUCAUCGGUUUCUAAAAGAGAUAAAUAUAUAAGUACUUCUCAAAUAUCCAAAUUUUCAAAAUUUAACUUUCAGCUUUUCGACAUUUAGGUGUAAUGGUUAGGAUGUAAAUCAUGGUGUAGCCACUCUGCAUUUAUAAUGAAUAUGUAAAUUAUCUGGAAGGACAGAAUAGAAUCUUUAACCAUGUUUGACAUAUUUUAAUGAAGUCAGUGAAACAAAGUUCAGUUUAGGUUUCACUCAAAACUGUAUACUUACUAAUUGAUUUUGAGAGAAAUAUAGCAAACUAGUUAGAAACAUUGUAUAAUCAAGUGAUGAAAAGUAUGUGUAAAACAAGUUGGAUACCAAAUUAACCAACUAAUUUGAACUAUCUGGCCUCACUUUUAAUAAUUUUUAGUACUGGCUGGACACCACUUCUUAAUGCAAGCAAGUAUUGAGUUGGCCAAAAAGUCCGUUUGGGUUUUUCAAUAAGAUGUUACAGGAAAAACCUGAACGAAUUUUUUGGCCAAACCAAUACGUUGGCUUUGCUAGGAUGGAAGCUCUUUCAUUACAACAAAAUCAUUCCUCCUGCUACUGGAAUCAGAUUGGAAUCACUGAAGACCUAAACUUUCUGUCUGGUAAUAGAAAGUAAAAAUCUAAACGUUAUUUACACUUGAAAGCUUCUCCAUUAAAAUUAUUUUAGAAUGCCAGAUAUGUUCGUUCUUUCUAGAAAAAUAUUUGUUUCUGUGGUAUAACUUUUGAUUGCAUUUCAGAGAAGUGUGACUUGGAGUACUCAUUACAUUUCUGAAAUGUUUCCCACUAUGAAACAGAUAUUUAGGUGACUGGUGAUUAUUGGCUUUACAGAAAUUUCAAAGAACUACUUUUAAAAACCAUUAACCAUUAAAUUUUGUUCUUUUGUUUUCUGACAUACUCUAUUUGACAAUAGCAGCAAACCAUUGCUGUGUGGCAUUCUUGGAGUGUGGUAUGAACAUGCUUUUUAUGAAAUUAAAAAUGAAGAGAUCAUUUUAGAA